ACGUCAGCCGGUGUCAACAAACAGUAGAGGUUAUAUUGUUAAGUAUAAAUAAAUAGCAGUUUUUCCGUGAAGUUAAUUUCUUUGGUGCUGUGAAAAAUGAGACCGACAAUGGAAGCGAAUUUUGAUCAAGCGUCUUCUCAGAAUCUACCAAAAGUGGAUGUGGAAAUGCUCGCAGUUUAUUUUAAAUCAAAUUUGUGUCAGAGUGCGGAAAACAGAGGUGUCAAAGCCGGCAGAGCAACUCGCCCCACCUAUGGAGAUGAGGCAGUUGGUUGGGUUCAGGUACAUCGUGAUUCAGGGUUAUGCACUAUUAAAGCACGAGUAUGUCCGGAACACAAAAUUCACGAUAAAGGAUAUUCUGUCAGUGUCGUGAUUGAUGAGGAGAACGAGAGGAUUGAAGAAGCACAAUGUCAUGACUGCGCUGCUGCAGCCGGUGGAUGCAAGCACGUACUUGCUUUUGUGGCUUGGUUACAUCGGAGGUCGGAAGAGCCAUCCCCCACUGAAAUCACGUGUUAUUGGAAGAAGUCAAGAUUGUCUUCCGUAGGAUCUAAAAUAAAAUGUAUGACCAUCGGGGAGAUAGUCAAAGAAGCAAAAGGAAUAAAUCCAGACAAACACAUUCCGGCACCUGCGUCAUCUACGAGGAGCAACUCCAAUAAAUUUUUACAGAGGAUAAUAGAACGAGGAAUUCAGGAAGAUAAGCAAAAUCAUCUUGUUGAAUUUUUCAAACCUAGGGCCAGUUGGGAAAAAAUCUCACUCCAUCAUUUAGCUUUGAGUUAUUCUGGAAAUCGUCUUGACAUCGAUGAAUUUUUGAACUAUUGUCAGAACAGUUAUACUUAUGAUGACUGUGCGGUAGUGGCUAAUUGCACGAAAGAUCAGAGUGAAUCCCCGAUUUGGUAUGAGAUGAGAUAUGGCCGAAUCACAGCCUCAAUUCUCUACGAGACUUGUUGUUGUCGUACAACAGAAGGAGCGCUCUUCAGAGAAAUCAUGGGAGGAAAAAUGAUAGAGUCUGAUGCGAUGGCGAGGGGAAGAGAGUUGGAAGCAGAAGUCAUCAAGAUUGUAGAAGAGUUAAUCGGAGAGAAAAUCACAAAAUCUGGCUUAUUAUUAUCGCCUAUGUACCCAUGGUUUGGAGCAUCACCCUAUGGUGUAACACAAACUGCUGUAAUCGAAGUCAAGUGCCCGAUGAAAGUCGAAACUGUCUCCAAUUAUUAUGCCAACAACACCGUGAAUCCUAAAUUCCGAGCACAAAUGCAGUUACAAAUGUUUUUUGCAGGGAAACAGAAAGCGAAAUUUUGCAUCGCUGAUCCACGUUUUCCCAUAAUAAAACGUGUAACUGUCAUUGAGGAAGAGUUCGACCCUCAUUUGACCAACACGUUAAUUCAGCAGGCCUCAGCAUUUUGAGAAUCAGCCAUUUUGCCAGCUUUGAUGGACUCAACAUAACCGGGAAGAAUUAAAAAAUGUUUACGAAUGCAGCGGCCACCUGUACUAUAUCGUCCAUCAGAUCGAUUAAGUUAUGAUCGACCGUGACAUGUGGUUGCAAUAUUUUAAAUUCUCUCA